AGAACCGCGUCUGGUCCUCGUACCGGCUACUACCAUGACAACGGUGCAACGUGCCACGCACGCUGGCCAUCCUGCACCGGGCGCCACGCUCACCGCUGCACAGCGAGCCCUGCAGCAGGAUCGCAACUCACUGCCGUCCGACAACGUAGGCGGCAUGCCCGCAGGUAUUGCCGCUGCUGCCGGUAUGACGACGGGCGAAGACGACGAGGGCGGCAAGGAGCUACUCGCCGUCUCCCUCUCUCAGCUUCAGACCCCGCCGGCCAUCGGCUUAGCAGCCUCGCAGCAGACUUCCCAGCCGCCGCAGCAGCAGCAGUUGACGCCGAAGGUGCCGUCGUCGCGGAACAGCGCCGCGGGUGGCAUGCGAAGGGAGUGGAAGUUCGCCCUGCAGUUCGUGCACGUCGCCGGCCAGCUGCUCGUCUCCUGCUCGCCGCAGUGGGAGUACGACUUCAUCGACAUCGACCGCACCGCGUACGGGCUGGCGCAGCGCACCGUGGUGCCGUCCUCGACGGAUGCCACGCCGAUGCUGGCCGUGUUGGCGUACACGGACUACACCGCCGUCGUGCAGCCGGCCCCACCGACCAGCGCGAUCAACUCGCCCGGUGCAGUGGCCUUGCAUCAACACAGCGGCAACGGCAGCGGAGGAGUGGGUGCUGCCGCUGCUGCUGCCGCGGCGGCGGCGUACGAGGAACUCCUGUCGACUGCGAGUGCGGUCGGCGGCUCUGGCGACGCUGCCGCCGCUGCCGGCGGUGGUGGUGGGGACUGGUGGGUGGAGAAGUCAAAGCAGGUGCAGCUCUUCUACUGCCACCCCGCACCGGCGAUGACCCUGGAGCAGUUCUGCAAGCUCUGCGUGAAAUUUGUUCUCCGUGACCCGCACGUGGUGAGCGUGGAUGGGGAUACCCGGCUGGCGCACCUGCACGUUGGGGACAAGCUGCGGUGCCCGCACAUGCUCGGCGGGACGCACCGAUCCUUUCACAUGCGCUACACCCUGCACGACCGCUCCGAGCUGCAAGAGAGCUACGUCUACGCGAUCGGGGCGUUGGUCGGGCAGCGGGGCUACCUCCUCCGUGCCCAGUGCACCAGCGCUGACGAGCUGGAAGGCUACGUGCACUCCGUGCUGCUGCCGACCUACACCACGGCCGGCCGCUCCCACUUCGGGGUGGACGUGACGUACCACAACACCUCCCCGACCACCCUCCUCACCGAUCAGCAAGAGGCCUUCGGAGAGCUGCAGUACGUCGAUCACAAGGCGGCGGUGGUCUUUGUGACGCCCGUGUACCCGAUGAAGAUCCUGCCGGACUACUCCCCCGCAAAGACGGUCGGGGUUGGGUCGAUUACCUGCAUGACGCUGCAACUCAGUGUGCACGAGCGGCUGCUCGACGACGCCGUCGCGGCGGAGAUCAUCGGCGUCGCCAAGUACAAGGUGAACCCGGUUGUGUUGUGUGUAGAGGUGGAGGAAGUGUCUCGCAUGGGCUACCCGAAGGUGAUGUCGACAGAGCAGUACAGCGAGCUGAAGGCGAAGCGGGUGGCGGAUGUGUUCCCCGAUGCGAAGAUGGUGGGGCUCCCAACGAGCCUGUACAUGGGAAACCGCACCGGCCGGUCCCGCACCAUGACCUUCACCUACGAGCCGCUGCGGUGUGCGGUGAAGGCGCUCGUGACCUCGACCCUUGUCGGCAACUUCGGGGUCACGGCCUUCUACCUGACAAAGCUGAGCGGCGGCCUCUUCGACUCGCACCUCUACGUCUUUCAGCAGCUCCUUAGUGGGAUGGAGUUCCUGCCGCAGAACAGCUUUGCCAAAAACACACGGGUGAGCCGGUAUCAGGCGCAGAACAUCCGACUGGGUGAAGAGGACCUCCUCCGGGCCUACCGGUGCGCGAACAGCAACUUCUACUACAACGCCACGCAGGUGCACCGCAGCAGCAACGGCGGCGCCGCGGCGAAGAGGGACGGCGGAGGCCACGGCUCGAGCCCCAUCGCCACGGCCGAGGUGAGCGGCGGCGGUGGCGGCAUCGGUGGCAGCCUCGACUUCUUUCCUCCGCUGCCGCCGCACCCCGCGUCCUUCACGGUGAGCGACCCGGCGGCGGUGCACGCGGCACGAGAGCGACACCAGCACAUGCUGGCGCUUGGCAACGACGGACGAGUGGAGGACGGCGUCGAGGCCGUCGUGCCGGCCGACGAGGGCGGUGUGCCGACGCCGCAUGCACUCCAGGGUGCCGCCAGCGGACAGGCGAAGAGGCGCCGUGCCGAUCGCCGGACGACAGCGCCGGUGGAUGCGGCGGGUGCGACUCGGCCAUCGAGUGCCUCGCUGUUCUCCAGCUCCCCCUCAAUGCUGACGGCGGCGUCGAUGACCAGCGGAGACGUCUCAGCAGCGGCGGCGGCCGACCACCGACGCAGCACGCGUCCCCGUAACGGCGGUCUGGGCGAAGGAGAUGGGAACAACCUCUACUACCCUGCGACGGCGACGACGACGAUGCUGAUGAGCGUGGAGGCUGGCUCGAUGCACAGCGGCUCGCGCAUCAGCGUUGAGGACCUCUCCCAUUUAAUCGGCAGCCUGUCCGACAGCCGCGAUGAGACGACCAGCAACGACGAGGAAGAUGAGGAGGACGAGGAGGGCGGCAUCGGGUACAUGGAGAACGAGCGAGCGCCCUCCAUCACCAGUCAGGACGACGCCGCUGGACGGGAGGCGGCGGCGAUUGCACGGGCUCCCUCGUCGUCCUCCCUACACCGCCACGGCUCGCAGCGCUCACCGACCGGCAGUCGCCCGACGAGUUCGAAGCGACGCAAGCACGGCGGGCAGCACUGCUCCCUCGACGCAGCACCCUUCUCGCCAUCGUCAUCCUCCUCCGCGGCGGCCGAGGCUGGGGAGAAGGCCGCGACGGAGUUGGACACCGCUGCUGCGGCGAAGCCCCCCGACACGACGACGUCUGCCGGUGCUGUUGCUGAUACCGCUCUUGCUGAUACGGCGGCGACCGGUGCUGAUGCGGUGGCUCUCUCGAAUGCAAAUGAGGAAGCUCUCCAGCAGCAAGCACUGUACGAGCAGCUUAUCGGCAAAGGCGACCCGCUCGUGCUGCAGACGCUGCGUGAGGGGGAGGGCUGCACGCCGUACGGGCCGUCUCUGCGCGACGUCUACGCCCGCUGCUGCGAGGCCCAGCAGUGCCGUCCCAACAGCUACCUCAUGCAGAAGCUGCCCGCGCAGCCGACGCUGACCUACUCGGUGGAGGAGCUCGACCUUAGCUCGAACUACGUGGGCCACAACGGGUUUGUGGCCGUCCUGCACCUCCUCGAGCACCUGCCACGGCUGCGUGCUGUCUACUUCAACAACAUGACCCUCGACAACGUCGACGUGGAGAGUCUGUGCUACGUCCUGGCGACUAACGCGACGGUGCGGGCGGUGCACCUGGAGAACAACACCGGCAUCUCGCUGCCCGCCAUGCGGCACUUUACGGCGCUGCUACGGGUGAACCGACACAUUGAGGUGCUGUCGCUGGACGGAACGCGGCUGAGCCCCACGUUGGUGGCAUCGCUGAAGGCGGAGGCGAGUCGUGCGCGCGACUAA